UAGUAAUCGUACAUACACUUACACACAUAAAUAUAUAUUUUAAAUAAAAAUUUAUUACAUAGCCAUAUAAAAAGAGAGUUGUUCUUGGACGAUUCUCCAUUAGCUUUCCCAAAUAUACCAACAACCCACCCUCUUUCACAAGAAAAACUCAAACUUUAUCAAAUCAAAAACACCCAAAAAAAUCAUACCCUCAUCAUCAUCACAAUCCAGAUAAUACCAAUCCACAUAUAAAAAUCAAAUCUUUACACAAAAAUAUAAAAAAACCCAUUUAAAUAAAAUCAAUUUCUUCCCUCUUUACCCCCAAAAAAGCAAAAAAAUAAAUUAAAAAUAAAUUGAAAAAUGGACAGAGUCUUCUCAGUUGGAGACAUUUCCGACCAAUUCUGGUCACCGCCGCCGCCUCCACCGCCGCCACCCGCCGGCGAAUCAAAGAUGAACAGAAGCGCAUCUGAGUGGGCUUUCGAGAGAUUCUUACAAGAAACUUCACCUAUUUCUGAUUCUUCUUCUUCUAAAUCAAUGGCUGAAAACGACGCCGUUGAGAUCAAAGAUCCCCCUAUUUCUGCUGCUGCUUCUGGUACCGCCGCCACCUCAGUCACCGCCGCAACUACCGCCGAUGUUACUAGUAAAUAUAAUAAUUUGGGUGCGCAAUCGUUGGGGAACGGAACGACGUCGUUGAAUCGUCAAGGAUCGAGUGUUGUUCCUAUUGAUUCUGAUGAUUAUCAUGCUGUUCUUAAGAAUAAACUCAAUUUGGCUUGUGCUGCUGUCGCUUUGACUGGGGCACCCUUUGUUAUGAACCAUAAUUCAGCCGUUGCAGCAGAAAAUGUAAAACAGGGUACAGCUGAUUCACGACCAGCUUCCAUUCCACCAUGUAAAGGGUCGCUAGAUAAGGAUUCAAAGCCUAUUGGAAUUCUCUCCCCUCCCGCCCUGCCCAAGAAACCUGUUGUUCAGGCCAACCAAACCACCAGCUAUGAUUCUGAUCAGUCAGAUGAUGACGAUUUAGAAGGUGAAACUGACAAUAUGGAUCCUGCUGAUGUGAAGCGUGUUCGGAGAAUGCUUUCAAAUAGAGAGUCAGCUAGACGCUCAAGGAGGAGAAAGCAGGCACAUCUGACUGAACUUGAGACACAGGUUUCUCAGCUGAGAGGUGAAAAUUCUUCAUUAUUGAAGCGUCUUACUGACAUAAGCCAAAAAUUCAAUGAUGCUGCUGUGGACAAUAGAGUUUUAAAAGCUGAUGUGGAAACUUUAAGGGCAAAGGUAAAAAUGGCAGAGGAGACUGUGAAAAGAGUUACAGGGAUGAAUCCUUUGCUGCAGGCUAUGUCCGAAAUCACUGCUAUGGGAAUGGGACCCUUUGGUGGGAGUCCUUGCCCUUCUGACUCAGCUGAUGCUGCUGUGCCAGUGCAAGAUGACCCUAAACAAACUCAUUAUUAUCAGCCCGUUGACAAUCCUCUUCCUGCGUCUCAUCCAAGAGCUGACAACGGUGUCACUGACAUUUCUUCUAUUGAUGAUGUGCUGCAAAAUGCUGCAACACAAGUAUUGGGUGGCAGCAAGAUUGCAAGAACUUCUUCCAUGCAAAGAGUUGCCAGCUUAGAGCACCUCCAGAAAAGGAUUCGUGGGGGAAUGGAUCAAGGUAGCCCACAUGGUGGUGCUGAUCAAUAAUCAUGCAACCAAUAACCAUUGUCCUGCAGAUUUCUUCAGAUCCAUUAUUGAUCUGCCAUUGUCAUGUAAAGUAUUGUUAAUUUUUUCCUGUCAUUGCAUAUUGGACCAUGAGGCAUUGAAUUGCCUUUGAAUUGCCAAAUAGCAUGAGCUACGGCGUUGUCUUGCCGUCUAAUCUAUUUCAUUUAUGGAUUAGCAUUACUGAUAGCUUCUUGUAGUUGUAGGAUCUACCUUGUGAUGGCCUUGAGGUUAUAUGAUCGAAAUCUCCUAACUACAGUAAAGGGAUAAGCGUUUCUGCUAAUCUCUUCCCCCUCCCUCCAACGCCCUUGAGGGUCCUAGCUUGCUAAUUUGAGCGUAUUAGUUGACACGUGAGGAAUCUAGUCCAUCUCAUCUACCCAGAAACAAAACAAACAAAAAAAAAAUAGCUAUGAAGUUUAGUAGUAGAUUGAUUCCCUGUUGAUAUUAUGGUCAUUGUUACUGUGGAAAAGAAUUCGUUGAACAGAUUAAACAACCUUCAUUUGCCUUAAUGAGGAGGUUAAUGUUAUUUGCUGAAA